CAACUGUUCAUCCUGCAUCCCCCAUCCUCCUCCUAUCCCGUCCAAUCCAUCAUCAAUAUGAGCGGCAAAGACGACGACAGUCACCCAAGCGACCUCGACAAAUGGCUCAACGCGCAACGCGGCGAGAUCGACCAACUCCGACGCCAGUUUCAAGACAGCUUAGAUAAAGAGCUCCGGAGCUGGAGAGGAGAUGACAACGACACCCCAUCAUCUUCCAAAGGCCCCUUUGAACGCUUCAAGAGCUUCGUCGACUCCAACGUCUCCACCUUCUCCGAAGGUUUCAAGAACUUUCCUUCCAACAUCGCCGAGCUGAAGGAGAGGAUGCAGCAGGAGCGGGAAGCCCGGCGGCAAGAGGAGGCUGACGUCUGGCGACGAUGGACGGGUAGUAACGACUCUCCUGAUCAUAUUCGAUUGCAGGUUGAGCGGGCGAAUGCCGAGGAACGCAAGGCUGUGGAGGCGGACACACGCUUGCUACUCCGCACGGCGUACGAGCGGAAUCGGAAUGUGCCGCCGGAGAAGAUUGCGGCGCUGUACAAGGACAGCAACUGGGACUUUGGAGCGUUGGACGCGUUCACCACGCCCAUGCUGUCCAUGGGAGGCGCGUGCUACUACAAAACCGAAACGGUCGACAAUCUCCCCUCGACUGCAAGGUGGGGCUGGCCGAGCCCGAAGCCGCAGUGGUUGAGUGUGGACUGGUUCAAGAGGAGUCCCUACUCUCCUGUGCGGCUGGAAGCUGAUCCUCUCGCGGGGGAGAAGUGGCGCGCGGCUUUUGAAGAUUUGCUCUGCGCCACGCUGGACAAACCGAUGAUGUCUGGUGAGAGGGUAGGACAGCGGUCGCCGUAUGGCAAGCCUCAGUCGACCUACUACGGACCCGGCCUGGAUUGGAUGCUGAGUCUCCAAUGUCGUGGCAUUCUCCCUCCCCAACUGCCCAACUUGUACAAGUCGGUCUCGCUAUUCGAUGGAUUCGAUGUACUCAACCGGCCUCGAACGAGGGAAUUCAUGCACGACAUGGAUCAGGUGACGGCGGGGGAUAAGCUUGCUCGCAUGUACCCUCUUGUCCAGCGAGAUGUUCAGCUGCUCAUGGACGAGGUGGCGAUUAAAUCGUGCCCGGAAACGCAAGCCGAGCCACUGAAGAUUCUACAGUCACCAUGGCGCGUCCCAGACACCGAGCAAGAUCUAUACGACGAGAUGCCGCCGUACACCGAUUUGGUACCGAUGCCAGCAGCGAGCAAUUACACCUCUCCCUUCGUUGGCUACGAUGACGCGAAGACAGAUGUUGGACCCAGGGCAAUAGCCCUCCGUGACGCCAUCACUGCGAACGACCUCGACGCGGCCUCGAACAUGCUAAAACAGCACGUCGACGAGAAUGGGCAAGUGGAGGAUUUAGUGUAUGAAGCCAUCUCUUCCGCUCAGACCGAUAGUCUGGCUUGGAUGCAAGCAUUGGACCAGGCUGUUGUGAGAAGUGGAAUAACCGACAGGGAUCCACGUUGGCAGAGGCAGAUGGAAAAGCUAUCCUCCCCAGCGGACGAGAUGUGGGAGUCACGGCCGCCCAUGGCCACUCCCAUAUCGCAAGGCGAGCGCAAGGAGAAGCCGGAUAUCCUCUCGCAGCUCACCACCACGCACACUACCCGGAUGCCUGAUGGCACGGUGAUCACCAAGGUGGUGCUUAAGCAAAGGUUCGCCGAUGGCUCGGAGGAGACGCAGGAGAGCGUGCAGGAGAGUCGGGAGCAGGCUCGGCCGUCGAAGCCACUUGAGGAGAAGGCGGCUGGGCAGCAGCAGCAAGAGCCAGUCAGGAAGAAGGGAUGGUUCUGGAAUUGAUAAGCGACUCUGGUGGCCUUUGGAUUCGACGAUGGCCGCAUUUGCGGAAUGAUGAUUGGGGGCGAUGCACGGAUUUGGCGUUUGGGACGGCCUCUCAUGAAUACCCACUCAUUCCUACGUCGUGACGACAGUCGAUAGCGCACUUGAACUCUCCUCAAUUUGGCAA